AUGUCUAUAACAUUCUCCGACGAAAUACCUCAAGGCUUUCCCUCGAGAGGCCCAAACUGGUUCCACGAAAUUCCCUUUUUGAUGCAUGGGUGGGAAACCACCAAUGAGCUGGGAGCCCCCUCGCUCAAGCACUCCGCCAUGAAGGGCCUGCUGCAGGACCAGUCGGCGUUGCAGCCGGGUCUUUUCGAGCAUGUCCCGUGGUAUCUUGCUCAGUACCUGUGGGAUGCGCUAGGUAGAUGCAAGAAGCAGACACUCUAUAUGUGGAAGAUCAUGGCAACCAUGUACCCCACACAAUUUCGUCUCCUGAGUCCGUAUUACUGCCUGUCGACGGGCCGUCCCAUUGAGCCUCUGAAGCACUACGUCGACUUGAUCAACAGCCCCGAAAACAGGUGGCGCGCUGUACUCACCAUCGGAACGCAGUGCUGCGAUGCCACAGACCUCACAGCUCUCGCUAACAUUCGCAACUUGGUGGCUCUGGAGAUCGGCAAGAAUGAUUGGAGGCACAGUCUAACCAAUUCCGAGGGAGUUGCCCGUGAAGGCGCCUCUUUGACUGCUGGGACUGUCCGUGGCUGGCUCGAAAUGGUCCACUCGGCGGGGACGCUGCAGCAUCUGCGUGUUUUGCGCAUCUACCACCAACGCAGUUUGAAGACAGCCGCACUUCGGGAGUUGCGUGCGCUUCCUGAGCUGCAGCUGGUUGUGGCUUAUGACUGCCCGGAGAUCGCAGCGGAGAUCCAGCAGUGCCCAAAUAAAAUGCCUAAAAACAGCCCUGUUCAUAUAUACGGGUGGCUGGCACACCGGCUGGAUGCUGUGUGGAAGGAGCAUGGCGAAGAAGAAGCAAUAUCCCCGCUUGGCCCACUGUUGGAUGUCUAUAACGCCAGCUUGUCGGCCCAUCCUCCGCUUUUUGCUGCUCAUGAACAGAAACCCAUCCCGCCCAAGCUGGACACAAAUUCCCCGCUGCUGCAAUUCCAGUUGCCUUUCGUGGAUCACAGUAACAUACACAAAGUUGCUUACCGGGCGCGGUAUACGGCCAAGUCGGUGGUGUUCUUCACCCCAAUUCCUGGUAGUCAGAGAAAACGAGCGGCGCCAGAACAGGCUAGUUCGCGGUUUAAGCGGGCAAUUAUGAAGGACCGGGGAAUAGAUAUAUCGAGCGUUUUGGGCGAGUUUCUCUGA